GGUGGGCGCACGGCUAUAAGUAAGAGGUGCGCGCGCGCCGGCGAAGUUAGUCGCCGAACGGCAGCGCGUCGUCAGCGGUGUCACCCGCUCCCCCCCUCCGCAGCCCGAGCAGCCGGGCCGGCGUCCGCCACACCUCCGCAGACAACAUGACCGCCAGGAUAGCAUUAUGCUUGUUAGUAUGCACGUUCUACUCGGCCUUCGCCGAAGUAGAUAUCAUCACGGUGCCUCGGCCCGGUGAGGAAUACGUGCUGGUCAGUUCAGGCCAACAGACUCCAUUAAGAAACUUCGAAACGUCACACAAAAUUCCUGAAAAACACCCGCAUCACAGAAACUUCAAACAAGAUGACAGUGAGAAGAUUGUUAAGAAGUUACACAGCGGCAAAGCCAAACAUGCGACCGAAGGUAUUGUUGCUAUUGAAGAAGACAAGAAAGCUCUGUUCAGAAAGGGGCUGAAGAGCAAAGCUGAAUCAAUCGAAAUUGAUGUUCCUGUAUCAAAGCUCGAAGACAUUAAAAUACGGGAGAACUUAAAAGAUGUUGAGACAAACCCUAAAAUGGCGGUUGCUUUAGAAGCGAUGUCUGAAUCGGGAAAACUAAGUAAAACCGCGGGCACUACUACUCAAAAGCCCAUUCUUACUACUGCUCCACCUUCCACUACCCAAGGGUAUGACUACAUUCCAAUUAACUUUGACACAAUUGACGACAUCAACAGUGGAUUACUAUCAUCAAGCGUGAACCUAGAGACUGCGGGUUCAGAACAAAAGCCCCAAUCCAGAAUCCAAAUUAAGAAAGGUCCUAAUGGACAAGAUUACGAAUAUGAGUACAUCUAUUAUUACUAUGAUGAAGACGAAGAAGGUAAAAAGGAAGGAAAAGGAAAAGAUAAGGCUUCCUCAACCACUGCCAGUCCUGUACACAACGCUCACGACGGUCCUGAGAAAAUCGAAAGCGAAAACCACAUCGCCAACGAAAGCAAAACUAAGAAUAAGUACAGUACUAUCGACAGGACUGGAACUACGACUGCAGCAACUCCAGAAAUACAAAACGAAGUAGUUCCAGCUACCACACGAGGACGUGGACGUAGUCGCACCGUCGCUCCUGCUCCAGUUUCCGAAGAAGAGGAAGAGGAUAUCAGCGUUAGACUGCCAUCAAGCACUCGGUUCCCGCCUCGCGGUCGUAACUUAGCAUCAGCUUCUUCCACAACUUACGUACCUGAAGUAUCAUCCGAAACAAUUCACCGCGGACGAUCACAAAGCGACAAUGUAGCCGAUGAAUCAAUCGGUCAGACCAGAAGCAGAACUCGUGCGCACAUCAGGCGCCCGAGCUCGGAACUUGUUGACUUAGACAGCUUCAAGACUCACUCUGGAGAUAUUCCAUCCCCGUCCCAAUACAAGGAGCCACCAAGCAGAUAUUCCUCAGAGAGCCGAACCACCACAGAGGAAGUGCCUGAAACGACACCUAUUGCCAAAGAACCCACAUAUGCCAAAGAGUCUGCCAGGGAAGGCCACAGCUUAUCGUCAGGCAUCAGAUACCAGGAAAUCUUAGAUGAUUCCAAGCUCCCCUCCGACUACAAAGAGACUACUCCCUACGAGCAGGAUACCACUGAGUACACAACAAUGACAGCAAUGGAGAAGGUGGCCCUCGACCUGUACGCCUACUUGGCUGGUGAGAACUUGAACAAUGACAUCAGCCCCACAAAUGAGAUUAGUUUCGAUGGCUCUACGACUGUUGAGGAUGACAUGUGGACAACGACAGAAGAGAUGAGCACCACAGAGGAAGCCACUACCCCUACAACUACAACGACAACAACUACUACCACGACCACAACCACGACCACUACAACGCCGGCACCUACCACCACCACGUCAGCUGUGCCCACACGGCCCUCGAGGUUCAAGGGUCGUGCUGGCGCCCGUACCCGCGUGUCCACCACCAGCGCCGCCACCGAAGCCCCGCUAGAGACCUCAACCAGAGUACGAGGUCGCUUCGGAAAGCCCGGUGUAGGACGCAAGACUACUGUUGCCGGCAGCAGCUCAGCCCCAGCUGCAGACUCCUCCACACCUGCAGCACCAGCAGAGAAACCGGUCACACAGCCCAAGGCGUUCGGUGGUCGUCGUGGCCUGUUCGCUGGUCGCACCAGGCCGGCCUCCACGUCUGCUGCUCCAGUCACAGACGAGUCCGGCAGCCCAGCAGCGUCCAGUGAAGCUCCAGCACCCAGACCCAGGCUACGUCCAGGCCUGAGGAGAGGACCUUCUACGACUAGCACCACUGCUGCCGUCGCCAGCUCUUCAGCUGAAGACAGCACGACACCCAGCGCGAGCUCCGGGGAAGUAUCUGAGACUACACCCACACCUUCCAGAACUAUUGGACGUGGCAGACCCGGUGUGAGACCAGCGUCUCUCCGUCCUGGACCCAGGUUGAACCUCCGACCCAACCCUCGCUUGAGAGGUGUAAGCACUGCUCCUGAGGCAGCUGUCUCUGAAGCACCCGCUGAGACUUCAGCCCCUGAAUCACCUGCCACUGAUGCGGAUUCUGAGGCUUCAUCCCCAACUCCCGCGCCCGAGGCACCUCGCAGUGGUUUGAGAGUCCGCAACAGGCUGCAGGUCUCUCCCUCCCCCAAGCCCCGUGCUCCAGUGACUCCUCCUGCGCGUCGUGUGAACCCCCUUCUCAAGAGGAAGUUGGGUACUUCCACUGAAGCAACUACAGAAGCUCCUAAGAAAUCAACAGAGACAACAGAAGAGAGCACUAGCGCAGAGCAAAAGAGUGACGGAGAGAUAGAGACGGAGCCUACCCCAGCGGAGACAACUCCUGCGCCACCCCUACGUGGACUCGACGCGCUCAUUGCCAAGCGGCGCGCGGCCGGUGGCAUCGGAGGCCGACCCGCCAGACCCGCCCGGGGCAUCUACCAUCCCAAAUAACCACCCCACAAAUACUUAUAAUCUCUGGUUACAUACAAAAUGACAUAAUGCUGAAACUUAGGCUUCCUUCUUGAUUGUAGCAUCCACUCCAGUCCCUCGGCCACUUUACAAAA